AUGAAGGGCGUAAUAAGAUUUCGGAGGCGGGGCAAGCUUAGCCCAAAAUAUAUUAAGCCUGUUGAGAUUUUGAGGACAGUUGGUGAGGUUGCCUAUGAGUUAGCUUUGCCUCCAACAUUUUUAGCUAUCUAUCCGGUAUUCCAUGUUUCGAUGCUGCGCCAGUAUGUUCCAGAUGAGUCCCCUAUGCUCCAAUAUAUUGUGGUUGAGUUAGAUGAUCGACUGACCUAUAUUGAGGAGCAAGUUGCCAUCUUAGACAAAGUUGUGAGACAGUUGCGAUCCAGAACCAUUCCUGUGGUUAAAGUUCGUUGGAGGCACUGUCCAGUCGAGGAGGCCACUUGGGAGACCGAGCAGGAGGAUAUAUACUUGCUCUCAGUUUCAGUAUAUAGAUCAUGGUGGCCUCGACGGCUCAAUCAGGACUUUUCUGCUAGAUAUGAACUCUUGGGAGUAGCUGUUUUUUAUAGAUCUGUUGAUAGGGGCCUUGCCGGCUGA